UACUAUCAUUCUAUUUAGUCCAGUCUGCUGCCGAGUUCCGAUGCGGUUUGCUCGGUCCUUGCCCGAUUUGUGGGCGGUACUUUUUAACUGUCAUUAAAGCUCUUCACGAGAAAACAGUUUCGAGCGGUGGGAACCGAUUCCAAAGGUUGAAACGUAACGGGUUUUUUUCUCUCUCUUGUGCCUGUGUUCCUGUUGCGCUUUCCGUCGUAUUCAGUCUUAGGAUGCCGCGACUGCUACACAGACUGUUGAGAUUUACCGUGGAAUGAGUGCUUGGGCAGUCAAAAUGCAACGCAGAGCUGCCCAUCUGGGGAGUGCUGUUGCCUCCUGUGCACACGCACCAGCCCCUUAUCCUUGCCGUAUGGAAAAAGUCAAAUUUGGAGUUCCAUUUGAUCAAAUAUGUAAACCAGACAUUCCUGGGCCCUUGCUGGUCCUAAUACUGAAGCUGAAUAAAGAGGGACCAAACAAACGGGACGUGUUUCGAGCGCCCGGACACCAAGCCAACAUGAAAAAAUUGAUUCAUUUUCUUCAAACUGGGAGAUUGGUGAACAUUGCUAAUUUCAGCGUUCACACCAUCUCUUCUGUUGUCAAAAAAUUUUUACGUAAACUGCCUGACGGUGUGUUCGGUGUUGAGGCUGAGAAGCAGCUAUUUGAUGUCCUACUGUCCUCUGGCGAAUCUCCAGAUUUGAAAUUUAAACAAGAAGAAGUCCGAAGGAUUAUAAGUGAAUUGCCCAGGUGUACGCAGCAGCUUUUAGUGUUACUUUUCGGCACCUUUCGAGCGGUUUCCCUUUCUUCGUCAUCUGCUAGCGUCGUCCCCAGCAGCGGAAUGAGUAGUGAAGCAUUGGGCGUAUCAGUUGCACCGUCUUUUUUCCACACGUGUGUAGGGGCUGGCAGACAAGCCACAAUGGAUGAUGUCAUUCGCUUCAAGGAGGACGUUGAGGCAGCUACAAAGAUUAUGAAGUUCCUCAUCGAUCACUUCGGUACGUGUAAUCUUUUCGGAACGGAGAACUACCGAUAUUACUCACGAAUCACCGGCCGAUGUUUGAAAAUCGACGACGCCUGGAUCAUGGACUUUGGUCGACCGCCCAACGCCUUGCCCUUGCCCGGUCCCAUAUCACUAGAAGCAGAAAUGACUUGGCUUCAGUAUGCCGCUCUUACGUGGCAACCUGCCUUUAGCAUAGGUGGAGGACACUCCUCAGAGGACCAUGGCAGCACUAGUGAAUCCUUAAAUAUUUAUCCAGAAGCUUGUGGCGGCGAUAACUCUGAUAUGCUGGAAUCAGCACGACUCAGCGUCAGUUUAGAAGGCGACGAAAAUUUCAGAAUGGGCGCCAAUUGUGGAGCAGAUGUCAGUUGUCCUGAAUCGCCCAUAAGUAGCAUCGGUAGCUCGAGCAGCGGAAGUCGAAGCAGUAGCAACAGCCAAUGUCGGCAUGUGGCCGCCAUCAGGUCUUCGAGGCCGCUGGAAGAGCGAAGAAGUUCUCGCUCCAACAUCAACGAUGCCACAAAAUCGCUCACCCUUCUACCUCAGGUGCACGAGAGACAGACGGCACGCAUGCGCACCCGCUCAGAGUGGUUUCUGUCCGGCUCUGUGCCGCCUCACUACCCGAACCACGAGACCAGCGAAGAGGUUCUGCUCGAAGACGGUCAUAGUUAACCCUCUUGUGGUCUACACACACACACACUCAGCUAUGGAAUACGAAACGAAACAAAAAUCCUACCAAAGAGCGGUCCGGAUCGACAAUCGGCCGCAAACAACAAAAACAGCACCCCUACACGCACGUACACACACACACACACUUUCAACGUAUGAAGAACAAAAGGAACACACAAAUUUACAAAAGAAAUACUUCAAAAACACGGAUUGAUCCCAACGGAAACAAAUGUCGUUCUUCGCUUCGUCUCUUUAUUUUUUCAUUACUCAUUCGUACUUUGAACAAACAAGGAAAAACACACUUUUGUCGUCGAAUGUCUGAUUUUUAACACACAACAAAUCCAGAGUGAUAUUUAUUUAUCCUGCGGAUAACUGGCUUUUUAUAUAUAUACGAGUGCGACGUAUGGAUUGAUCCUGACUGACGGUUGCUUGAACAAAAAGAAAAACGUGCGUCGACCAUUUUACGUCUUAUUCGUUUCAACUGUGAAGCUCGUGAUCUUUAACUUAACUGCGCUCUACAAACUCUACUCCCUUAUUGAUGAAAUUUUCUUUUCUUUCUUAAUCAACC